AUGCAGUUUAAACUAAAGUUUAUUUUCAUAUUUGUAGUGCAGUUCGCACAUUUGAAUACACAAAGAACGGCCCAGUUGGAUUAUGUGACAUCGACUGAUGGCGAUGCUGCGAGGGACGUCCCACAAGUGGACCAAGAUGGAAAUCUAUCUGAUUUGAUCCAACCUAUAGUUGAGAGCAGCCAUAGUGUUAACGACAGUAAUGAUGGGUGUCAUGCCAAGGGAGAUAAUCCUGUUAUCACAACCGGAAAUGGAAAAUUUAACAACACGACUUCAACCGGAAACGCCCCGCCAAACUCUUUCGCAAAUGGACUUGUAUCCCCUGGUACGUACAGAAAGGUGUCGAGUGUUUCUUCUAAUUUCACGAUUCCGAUUCUUGUCAUUGCCCUUUUGUGCAACCUUUGUUCAGCGGUAGUGUACGUGGCCCCCGAGUUGAGGAGCGUGACCAGCAUUUACCUCGUGUUCCUGGCUUGCACCGGUCUCGUGUACGUUGUGUGUGUGCUGAUUCUUGAAAUCACAAGCGCUGUAUUUGGUGACUCCGCUAUCCACACGGAACUUUAUCUCACGAUGGUGAUAUACCUUGGGAACUACAUCGGCCUGUGCUGUAGACGUCUCGCGUAUUGUGUGACGGCCCUGGUGUCCCUGGAACGGUUGAUCGGCAUUGCUUUCCCUCUGAGAGCUCGGCAGUUUCGAGCCCUGAAAUCACCCCAGGUUCUCCUUCCAGUCACAGCAGCUGGUCUGAUGUGCUACCACAUUUUCAGUCCUUUGAAAUUGAGAGUAAUUCCAUCAUCCGACAGUAACAGCAACAGCAGCAGCUUCACUAUGGCUGUGACCACUUUGUACCUUGAAAACGUGAACACAUUCGAGAUUGUAGGAAUUGUUGGAAGUGUCUUCUUUGUGUUCCUGCCUCUUAUUGCAUGUCUUUUGUUCAACAUCCUGAUCAUCACAUGCCUAAACAAGCACUCAAAGAGGAGGCGUUCUAUCAGCAACAGUUUUGACAACAGAAGUGUGUAUCAGAGUGAGCGACAGACAACCAUCACGCUCAUCGUCUCCACCUUCAUCUACGUCGUACUGAACCUCCCCGUUAACGUCAGCUCCGUCGUGAGCUACACCGUGCCCGAAUAUGGCCUAGGACAACGCGAGCAUUACCUAUUUCUUCUGAUGAAUGUUGUUGGCUACAUCUGUGAAAUCAACAGCAACAUCACCAACCUUUUCUCCUACCUCUCUCUGAGUUCCAGGUUCAGACGUGUUCUCGUUCGUAAGAUCUGUUCGUGCAAAUACGUUUCAAGGUCACCAAGGGCACAUAAUUAUGUUCCCAACCGCAGGGCUUGA